GUCCGUAGUCAAAAAAUUUCCUUGAGUCAGCAUAAGAUUUCAUCGACAUAAAAGGGUCUUAAUUUUUGCUAGUAACAGGCGAAAAACCGGUUUUUCACAAAAGUGCCUCUGGCGAAGUUAUAUUCAUUUCUACACAAAAACAAAUGUUGCCGCUAUCCUCAGCGUAGUCGAUUACCUAUAUUCCAUGGCAUUUUGAGAUGUGUGCUCGGAGAUAGACACGUGCUCGGGGUGCUUUUAUGUUAAAAGUUGAAUCGAUCAGACUCGAAAUACAAAAACACAACUUCGAGUCCGAGCCCACCAAAAAAUCUUCCAGUCCAGACUCGGAGUCGUCCAGCCCUGUUUACAACCAUAAAUCAAUUAACUGAGCAUGCCAUGGAAAAUUUUCAUUGUAUCUGUGAUACAACCGCUAAACAAUUACUAGGUAGUUGGAUAAAUAUUCAUCAUGCCUAUUUGUAUGAAAAUAAUUUCAUUCUUCUUAUCAAUAUAUUACAGUAAACAUACGAAAAAUGAUCCGAAACAAUUGAAUGUAUCAUUGAAUCAAGAUUAUUUAAGUCAAACACAAUUAGGUGAAUUAACAACGUUAGAAAGUCACAAUAUUAAUGUGAUUGCUAAACCGAUAGGUGAAAUUAAUUAA